ACUUGGUCGGUGGUAUCCUCGUGCACGAUGUCCACACAAUGUCCUACAUGACAUUUAUCAUCCAAACAGGUCUUAGUCUCGUCACAUACUACGGAUUCUAUGUAUAUGUGCCAAUCUAUCGGAAGCAUAUAAAAGCAAUGGUUAGAUUUGUUACUUACUUACACGAUGAAGGGAUCUCUAUGGCUGAAUUUUCUUUUGAGGAAAAUUUGUUGGUUCGUGAUGUUCUCAAACUCUGGAAAUUAACCUUCAUAGACGCUACGCCGGAGUCUCGACAGCGUGAUAUCAAGUUGAUCCGUGCAGAAAUUGAAAAUAAAGAUUAUCGAAAACUGACGAAACAUAUAGCAACUAUGUCCCUAACAAAGAGACGACUUCAAAAAAAAGUUCUUAUAGCGAUUAGAAUUUGGCAAGUUAUCAAGCGUCUCAAACCAUGGUCGGCGGAUAUA